CAGGAACCGACCUGGCGUCUAUGCACCAUUGCACAUCUCGGCGGCCAUAGGCCCCCAUUCCUGCAUCCUAUAUGCAUCUCCUUCAUCUCUACCUCCAGAGGCACAGGUUAAGACGUGGCAACAUUCUGGAUCUCAGCUGACCUCCAAGAAUCUCCCUGCCCUGAGCCAAUGCUGGAUCUGGAGGUUGUACCAGAGAGAUCCCUGGGCAACCAGCAAUGGGAAUUUACCUUAGGAAUGCCCCUGGCUCAGGCAGUAGCAAUCCUCCAGAAGCAUUGCAGGACCAUCCGGAAUGUGCAGAACCUGUAUAGCGAGCAGUGUCCACUGAAUCAUGACCUCAUCCUCAGCCUGACUCAGGACGGGAUCAAACUGCUGUUUGAUGCUUAUAAUCAAAGGCUAAAGGUGAUAGAAGUUUAUGAUUUGUCAAAAGUAAAAUUAAAAUACUGUGGAGUUCACUUCAACUCACAGGCCAUAGCUCCCACUAUAGAGCAGAUAGAUCAGUCAUUCGGAGCAACACAUCCAGGAGUAUACAACUCAGCUGAGCAACUGUUCCACCUCAACUUCCGCGGUUUAUCUUUCUCUUUUCAACUGGAUUCUUGGACAGAAGCCCCUAAAUAUGAGCCUAAUUUUGCCCAUGGGUUGGCAUCGAUUCAGAUACCACAUGGAGCCAUGGUGAAGCGUAUGUACAUCUACAGCGGUAACAGCCUCCAAGAUACAAAAGCUCCUCCUAUGCCUCUGAGCUGCUAUCUGGGCAACGUGUAUGCAGAAAGUGUUGACGUUUUGCGUGAUGCAUCUGGACCUUUAGGACUGAGACUCCGUCUCAUCAGCACAGGUUGUGGUCCGGGAGUGAUGGCUGAAGCAAAGACGCGGACAUCUGAGCGCUGUGUAUAUUUUGGAGAUUCCAGUCAAGAUGUCUUGAGCACACUUGGUGCACCACACAAAGUCUUCUACAAGUCUGAGGAUAAAAUGAAGAUUCAUUCCCCGUCCCCCCACAAACAGGUUCCUGCCAAGUGCAAUGAUUAUUUCUAUAAUUAUUUCACCCUCGGAGUGGAUGUUCUAUUUGAUGCAAAUACACACAAGUCCAAGAAGUUUGUAUUGCACACAAAUUAUCCAGGACAUUACAAUUUUAACAUUUAUCAUCGUUGUGAUUUCCGGAUUCCGUUAACAGUGAAGAAAGACAACUCUGAAACUGAAGAAAUCUGCACCACCUACAGCAAGUGGGACAGUAUUCAAGAACACUUUGGGCACCCUAUGGAGAAGCCAGUUGUCCUUCACAGAUCUUCCUCGCCAAAUAACACAAACCCCUUUGGAUCAACUUUUUGUUUUGGUCUACAGAGGAUGAUUUUUGAGGUCAUGCAAAACAACCAUAUAGCAUCAGUUACCCUUUACGGAGCCCCAAGAUCCACCGUGCAUCAGAAAUCGUCAGAGCUGAGCCAAUAAGCAUGAGAACAGCGGGUGAGGUUGUACAGCCCAGCGUGCCUUCACUUGCUGACAGAUACCCACAGUAAACACAGCAGUAUGCGCUGUUGGCAACGCAGCAAAGAGUUGCAAGGAUUGUGGGUGUUUGCGGUCGUCGUUUCCAGUUCCUGCCGGGCAUCCUUCUUGCAGCCAGCACACCCUCCGCAUCCCUGUAACCAUUUCUGAAGAAUGUCAGGGCCUCUGCUGCGUGUAAAAGCACAAACACGCUCGAGCCACGCGCAGGAACCGGGCGUAUGAAGCCUUUGUGUUAGUGUUAUUGAAUUCACGUGGUAGUCACAUCUGUAUAUACUCUAUUCAUGGGCAAAUACAUGAAUAUCUCUGUGGUUCAGGACAGUCUGAUAUGUCAUUGGCGUGUUUGUAUAUAUGCAUAGGUUUAUAUAUACAGCCACAUAUUCAGGUACCACAUCAUGUGACUUUAAAAUGGUCAUACACACAAACUACCAUCAGAAUUAGUGUCUGUACAGAAAAGACGUAGGCUUCCCCCCCCCCCAAUAUGGCAAGAGAUCAUUUGCACUGAUGCAUUGAGAUUUGUUUUUUCGGAUCAUGUAAUCUGCUCCUGAGUAACUGCUAAUCUUAAGCAAGUCUAAAAGGGAAGUAUUCAUUUAGUUAUAUAGAACAUUAACAUGGUUUUAUCUAAAAUCUUAGCAAUUAAAAAGUCCUAAUCCCACAUACAGGGGUGCCCAAUACUGUACGUCUUGUAGAUAAGUUUGGAAAUAAACUAAGAUGAGGUACUUUCACUUUAAUUUGGUCUAUGAAAGUAAUUCUACAGGAUAAGGCUUCGUACACACGGCCGUGUCCAUUUUGUGGUCUGCGGAUCUGCAGAUGUGCAAAAUAUGCAUACUGGCCGCGUGCAUGCUGCAGUUUUCUUCUAGAAUUGGCUGUUCUUGUCCACAAAAUAGACAAGAAUAGGACAUGUUCUGCGAAACGGCCACAUGAAUGCGGUCAGCACACGGGUAACAUCUGUGUGCUCUCCACAUUUUUUGUAGACCCAUAGAAUGCGGCUCAGACGCCGACCAAAACUACAGUCACGUGCGUGAGGCCUAACAAUAAGGACCUGUCAUCUCUCCUGACAUUCCCCAUAUUCUAAAGCCUCUUUUCUUAAAGCUCUAUAUUGUGCUCUUCUGUUGUUCCUCCUAGAAAUCGAUGAAUACAUUUAUAACUGGCUGUUACCAGUUGGAGUUGUGUCCAGUCAGUGCUUACAGAAUUACACUGUCUAGGAACACCCCAUUCACAUGCUGCGUGGUAUCACUCUGCUGUCCACUCAUACAUUUGUCGGAGGAAUUACAGAUCAGGAGUGAGGACCGGACCUCUUUAAGGACUGAAGUCAGGAGCCUCUCUCUGUAUUUACUGCCAAACAGCAUUGCCUAUAUUUCAGGGAAUUGGCAUUCCUACACCGGGUAUUGGUACCUAUGUAUUCUGCACUUUAAAGUGACUCCAUUGCCUAAGUUCAGUGGAGGGAGUGAUCUCUGUGGGCUGCGUGAGUUGGAACGAGCGAUAACGUCCUUGCUUCCUUUUAGUGGCUCCCUCUGCUGUUACAAGGUUCUGAGUGCCCUUUAAAAGGGUGUUUUGUGUUUGUAUUCAUCAUUUGAGCAGUGUGUGACCCUCACAAGCCCUGCCAUUUGCCAGUGUUUGUGGCCUGCCUCAUCAGUGAGGAGAAGCCCCCAAUACAAUGUGCUCAUCGCCAGUUUUUAUUUUUAGCGCUUGUUUUUCCAUUUGCACUACAUACACUUUACUCGAUCCAUCAGUGUGUUCACUGAACAGCAUCUGACGGAUCUAUAUGGAUGUUCAGACAUUGAGCAAAGUGAUUUAUUUAUACAGUGGGAAUUAACCCUCUCCUUCCCACUUUCCAUCACUAAUAACUACUUGACAAACGAAUUCUCUUUUCCAAAAUCCAAUUCAUCUCCGCUCUUGAUUUUGCUUUUACAUCCUUUUUAGUUGUUGAUUUUUAUAUCUCUUUUUAUGUAACUUUUGUCUUAUGAUUAUGACGACUCAAUUGAUGUGAUGUUACUUUUAGGUUUUUUUUAAGGGAAGCCUCAUUUUUUAUGGGUAAAGCUAAAUUAAGACAUUUUGCUGUUCCUGCUCCGUGACGGUUGUAAUAAAAUGCGUGGGAAGCAUCUUACAUACAUUGGUACAGCGUUUGAGGCCGAGACCAGACAUCUCAGAAUGCAAUUUUGUUGUAAUAUUUUAGCCUUUCUUCUAGACAAUAGCCAAAGACUCGCUCAGCAUGUGCGUCCGAUGUUUUGCCUGAGAAUUCGCUAUGAUGUUUUAAUACCUGUUAUGUAUUGACCCAGGUUUAAUAUGACAUGGCAAUAGAUUUAGACAGGUAAGAUGCAUAAAAAAGGAUCAGGUAGGGAAGGCUUUUAAUGGUCUUUGGAGCGUUUUAUUUCUAUUACUCCUUUCUUGUUCACUGUAAAUUCUUCAGCGUCAUGUGGUUGUCCACAGUUGCUCCCAGCAUGUUACAGGCCGUUUGACCCCAGAGUGCAAGAUGCUGGGGCAUGUAAACUACGAAUUAUGAGCUUGCCCCAAAAUUACCCUAGGGGAAGGCGGGGUGAGGUUAUGUAUAGCUGUGUAUCCUAUUUGUAAUAUUUUGCUGUAACAAUUUGUGAUAUAUGGACAAAAUUUUGUGUUUUCCACAAAAAAAAUAGUGUACAGAUUUUUGUAUAUAUGAACUUUUUGUAAGACUAAUUUGUGCGUAGAUUAAAUCAAUUUUCAGCAUAAGAGCCAGAAUGAAAGAGAGGAGAGAACCCCGGGACAUUGACGAUGGAGCAGUUCAAUAUAGUCUUCCUUCAUCCAGACACCCCAUAUCCAAGUAUCCAGUGUGCACUGAUUUUUAUUUCAGGCUCUGUUCACAUCUCGAUAUUUGCUUUCUUCGUACUUAUACUCUGGCAAACGUUCCAGUCGUAUACCUGUGACUUAUUUGUACGAUGCCCAUGGGCAAAAAGAAAACAUGUACUGCAUGGUAUCCAUUUUUUUUAUUGCAUAUUGUGUGGAAUAGCAUAGUCUAUUACACUGUACCGUAUAUCUUGUUUCUGUAUACUGGCCCCCAGUGGGCAAAAGGACACUUUUUUGGCCUAUCGGUUUAAAAGAAACCCAAUGGGAAUGCGUAGCAUGUAUGUGAGGAGUUGUUCCUGAUGUACAAGCUCUGCAGAAGUUAUCAAUGUGAUCUGAAAGGGGCAUCACUUGUUCCAGUGGCUGACAAAGGGUAUUUGUCCCUUGCAAUAGAGUAUGUUGGUGGGUGAUGGUUAGAUAACCAGUAUUGCAUCCUCUGGCAUAAUUUGUCUUAUAAAGAUUCUGGUUCAGGUUCUGCCACUCUUAGACCUCCUAACAUCCUCCAAGUACCCACAUUUUUUGCAUACAGUAUGUUUAGGUGGUUACCUUAAGGCUUCAUGUACACGACUGUAUCCAUUUUGCAGUCUGUAAAUUGCAGAUACACAAGACACAGAUAGCGACCAUGUGCUUCCUGCAUUUUCCCCUUCCACCCUAUGUUAAAAAUGUCUAUUCUUGUCCGCAAAGCAGACAAGAAUAGGACACCUUUAUGCGGGUAUGCGGUACGGAUGUGGGCAGCACAUGGUGUGCUGUCCACAUUUUUUGCGGCUGUAUUGAAAUGCAUGGGUCCUCAACUGAUCCGCAAAUAAACGCGGAACAGGGCUCAUGCAUACGGCCAUAGUUUUGGGCCACAUUUUUUGCGGAUCAAAUGUGGACCCAUUCAUCUAAAUGGGGCUUCAAAAGAUGCAUAGAGCACACCCAUGUGCUGUCCGCAUCCGUAAGUCCGUUCCGUGGCCCUGCAAAAAAUAGAACAUGUCCUUGUCUGUUUUGCGAACAAGGAUAGAACAUUUUUGUAGGAGAAAAUAAAAAAUGGAAGCAUGCUCUUGACUAGUAUCCGUGUUUUGCGGAUCUGCAAUUUGUGGACCACAAAAACGGAUACGAUUGUGUGCAGGAGCCCUCAGAUACGGACCAAAAAUACACUGAUGUGCAUGGGGCCUUAUUCCCUCAAAUGGGUUCCCUGGAGGUUUCAGUUGAUGACCUAUACUUAAGAUGUGUAUGAUCGGUGGGGUUUCAACCCCUGAGACCUCCAGCAAUCAGAAUGAAGAAGCUGCAGUGGUCCAGUGAACGAUGGUGACCCCUUUCCUGCUGAUCACCACUGAUGACUAAUUCUAAGGACAGGCCAUCAAUAAAACUCCUGGAAACUAUUGUAAACAUGAAAUAUGUGUUGGCAGAUCCAGAUGCAUCUUAUGGGUUCUGAAGACAAUGCAAUGUUUAUGGUGUGACAAUAGAUUGCAGAUGCCACCAAAAAUUGCCAGGUUCAUGUUUUAUUCUUUGCUAGCACUG